CGGUGUAAGUGCACGAGCUCUGCUGCAGUUUGACGGAGUUUAAAGGAGAAAGAUGGCGAUUUGCGCGACGCUCCGGAGCUUCAGCUCCAACUUUUCUCUGGUUUUUCCCACUUUGUGUAGAUCUGUGGGGCUGCAGGGACUGAAGAGGACGAACAGGGAGACUUCACGGACAUUCUGCACCACAUCCUGGAUUUCUGCAGCUCUCAGGUUUACAGACAAACACGAGUGGGUCCGAGCAGACGGGGACGUCGGUACGGUCGGCAUCAGCGCUUACGCUCAGGAAGCUUUAGGUGACGUGGUGUACUGCGGACUGCCGGAGGUGGGAACACAGCUUCAGGUGAUGGAUGAAUUCGGUGUUUUAGAAAGUGUGAAGGCUGCAAGUGAGCUGUUCUCACCUCUGAGUGGAAAAGUCACAGAAAUCAACACAGAACUGACUGAGACUCCUGGACUAGUCAAUUCAUCCUGCUACGAGCGUGGAUGGUUGAUAAAGAUGACGAUAAUAAACCCUGCAGAACUGGAAGCCCUUAUGGAUGAAGCUGCCUAUGAAAAAUACAUCAAGUCUCUGGAGUAGUUUAAAUUCCAUGUAAAAGUUUUUUAUCUUUAUGGAUCAGAUGUUAGUGCUGAGAGCCCGAUGCUGAUUCUUAUGGUUCUGCAGAUUGUACUUUAGUAAUUCUUUAGUGUUUAAGAGCUCGAGUGAUUUAUCAUUAAAUCGUUGCUUGUGAGCUAAACGAGGCCUCGUCCAGUUACAGGUACUUUAAUAUGAAACAUUAGAUUUAUUUGUAGUGAAAUAAAGCUGAAAAUUAACUCAUUAAUAAACAAAACAAUAAUAACAACAAAAAACUGUCCACUUUAAUGGAAAUACUCCAGUAGGAUGACAUGAAAACUUACUGUGUAAACUGGUACUUUAGAGAAAUGUAAAGCGUCUAUCUCACUUUUUUACCACAUGAAGCUGAGUUCAGGUUUCUGUUCGGAUUUCUGUCCGCUUGUUGUUUUAUAUACUUUAAAGGUGAGGUCUCCGAUAUUUUGAGAAAUGCUUCAGAAAACUGCGUUGGACCACCAAAGAAAACAAAAAUCAAAACAAAUGUGUAGCCAAUGAGCAGAAAGGGGCGUGUCUUUUCAAUAUGGGCGGAGAGAGUGUUCAGUGCGCGUGUGUGCAUAUUCACAGAUUGGAGUUUCCCGAGUCAAUAACUCCUGAGCUAAACACUGUUACUACACAAAACACGGUUGUAGCUGCGUCUCUACAUUACUACGAUAGAAAAGAGGUGUUAUUUGUGUAGUAACAGUGUUUAGCUCAGGAGUUAUUGACUCAGGAAACUCCAAUCUGUGAAUAUGUGACCAACUUCCUGCUCCUUCAGUUCUCUCCAGCGCUGGAAAGCUGAUCCUAUAUUAACACGUCCUACUUCUUACCUUAUCGUAAGUCUUUCUUCACUUUCUUUCUUUGUUUUUAUCCUCCAUGUCAAUGUUAAAACCGCUUUCUGCUAAUGUCACACAUGCACACUGAACACUCUCUCCGCCCAUAUUGACAAGCCCCGCCCCUUUCUGCUCAUUGGCUACACGUUUGUUUUGAUUUUUAUUUAGUUUUCGGCCCGCCUCAGUUUUCUGAAGCGUUUCUCGAAAAUCGGUCACCCCACCUUUAAGAUUAAACCACGUCAAUGUUUUUUUGUCCUCACGUAUUAAAUACGAUGCCACGUCGCUGGUGAACGUGAACAAGCUUCAUAUGAAAGUAAACCCAGCUGCACAUGUGACAUUUUUGUUCCCACAGAAAGCCAGGAUUGUGUUUAGUCUCUAGCUGUUCAGAGAACUGAGGAUAAAGUGCAUCUUCUACGAGUUCAGUUACAUGACAGAUCAGAGCACGUGGGACAUUUAAUCAUUCUCACUAUUCAUUCAUUUUUGUUGCUGUUUGGUGCGAUGUGUGUUUUUUUUCCUGAUGAAUCAAAUACUUUCUACAUGUUCAACAGCAGCUUGCUGAGAGUAAAGUAUAUUAAUUUGUCCUUUUCUGAAGCGUGAGACACGGAUCGUGCUCCGAUAUCUGAUACCUGGACAAGAAAUUUUCAACUAAAGCACUUUGAACUUUGACCUGUUAUUAAGAUAAUGAUAGGUUGCAACAUGGGACUUUAUUAAUGAUUAAUGAACUGCUGAGCAAAGUCUCGUGUCUCUGAGCGAUUCUGACGGCUUCUAUUGCAGAAAAAAACAAGAGUUUAUACAGUUCAAGUUAAAUGAAGUUUAAAAAGGGGUCAUCGGUGUGAGAGGAGAGGCUCGUACGAGUGUAGAGCAUCUGCUACGUCUACAUCGUCAGCAUUUCUGUGUCUGUUUGCUUCUGUUUUAAAGUGUGUGUGUUCUGAUGUGAGAUGAUUGUGGAUGUUCUGUUCUGUGGGUUAAAUGUUCUGAUGAGUCCCUACGGUAUGAAUUCUGCUCUAUCUUUAUUGUACUUUGGCCAAACAUUACUACUGACAACCUGAAAUGCUUCCUCUCUUCUGCAGAAACGUCUGUCUGUGCUUCGCAUGUAGAUCAGCAUGAAGCAGAACUCAACACGAAGCCAUGUUAAUUAGUUUGGUUCGUUUGAGCACUUUUGUUGAGGUUUUAUAAGACUGGAGUCUAUAAAGGCUUUUAAACUCUCCAACAUUUCACAAAAGAGUUUCAUGGUUUUAAUUCACAUUAAUAAAAAAAAUGAAACAA